GAAGUCACAAGAAAGUCGCACCAAUGAGUUAACACCUGCGCAAGGGAUGUCCCGCGGCCGUGUGGAGGUUAGCCUGUUGGCGGAGGCACGGCCAGCGACCGCCGACGCGCUCUGCCUUUGUCGCCUGCCAGUCAGACGAAAUUUGCGAGAUGAAACUGACACAGUAUUAUUGGGGCGUAGCAGUCUGGAGGUCCUCGGCGACGAGAAUAGUGUUCCAACCGAGACGCCUUUUUCCACGCACACCGGGAGAAAAUACUGCAUCGAAUCAGACGACUAUGAAUACAACUUUACUGCGGUCUGGGACAGCUAUCUGGGCUGCCUGCUUGUGGCGGUCGGAGGCAGCUCUGACCUGCUGCGCGUGUGCACCAGCGGCCGCGUUGCGCCGCUAUUGCACUCGGCGACAUUCCUCCGGCAACAGCGAGUGCAGCACACGAGCGACGCACGGCAUCGCCUCAUCUCGGCAGGGCCUGCAGAGGCAGCAGUCGCUGGCGGGGCGGCAGCUCCGGACAGCCCAGAGACCGACGAGGCGGUGAGCUUCACCUGCGUCGCCACCUCCGGCUCGGGAUCCGUGUGGGUGGUUGUCAACGGCUCAGACCUAUUUCAUCUGGACGUGGCAAAAUGCCGGGGGCACAGCAUCACCCACGGCGGCAGCCACGCCGCCGCCGCAGACGCUCCUGCCGCCGCCGCCGCUGACGCUGCCCAGGCGCCGGCUUGCCAGCGGCUCUGCGCCUUUUCAGAGCCCGUCACCGCCCUCGCCUACGACCCACACCACCUCUGCCUGCUGGUCGCCACCGGCACAGAGCUCUACGCCGUGCCCGCGCUCGCAGGCGCCGACGCCUCCGCCACAUCCCUGCCCCCAGCCAUCGCCGCCGCGCCCGGCAGCCACCGCCGCAGCCAGCGGCCGCACCAGCCCUGGGCCUGGGGCCACUGCUGGGAUGGAGAGCCGCGGCUGCUGCUGGGCGGCGUGGGGGAUGCGGAGGCGCGGCGGCUGGGGCCGCAGCGAGACGGCGGCGCGGAGGCGGCGACGCUGGCGGGGGUGGUGGGGCUGGCGGCGUGCGGCCGGCGCGGCGAGUGGUUGGUGCUGGAGCAAGUGAUGGCGCAGUGCUCGCGGCGGCGUGGCGUGGCGCCAAGGAGCUGCGUGCGGCGGCUGCGGCUGCAGCUGUCCGCUGACGCGUUUGGUGGUGGCGGUGGGGAUGGUGGGGCCAGGGCAGCAGCGGCGCGCAUUGAGACGCUGGUGACGGCGGAGGACGCCGCGUGGCGCAGCCCCCUUGUGCUGCCUGGAGGCGUGCUGGCGGUGCUGCAGGAUGGUGGCGGCGGCGGCGGCGGCGGCAGCGCUGGAGGCGGGUUGGGCGGGGGCUCUGGCGGCUGCGAGGUGGUCCUGAUGCGGUUGGGGCUGACGCCGCCGCCGGCGCCCAUGACGGCCCUGGCGGCGGCGGAGGCCGCCCUCACCAGUGCUGAUAGCAGCGGAGGACGCCCAGGCGAAGGUGAAGAAGGCGGAGGCGGAGGAGGAGAAUGUGGAGGCGGUUCAGGGCCGCGAGUUCGUAGCCUUGCCGCGGAUCUGGGUGCUCUGCUGCUGAGCUGUCAGCCGUCCCCGGCGGUGGUGCUGCGGGGGCAGGAGGUGUUGCCGGGAGCUGGGCCGGGGGCAGGGAGCGGCGAUGACGGCAGCGACGGCACCGCGGAUGUGUGGCUGGUGGCGGCGGGCGGGGAGGUGCUGGCUGCGCAUUGCGGCGUGCUGGCGGCGCGGUGCGACUACUUCAGGCCCCUGCUGGCGGCGGGAUCGGGAUUCGCCGAUGCAUCUGGCGGCGGCGGCGGCAGCGGCAGCGGCGUUGAUGGUGGGGCUGGCGGGUCGGGUGCCGGCGGCGGGGGCAUGCGGCGGCGCAGGCUGCUGUCAAUGCUGGAGGCGCAGCCCGAUGCCUUGAUGCUGGUGCUGCGGCAUUUGUACACCGGCCAAACAGACCAGCUGCUGCCGCUGCCUUCGCAUCACCAGCUGGCGGCGCCGCUGCCGCUGCCGGCGCAUCACCAGUUGCUGCCGCUUCCCGCCGCGCCGCAAUCCGCAGAAGCGAAUCCGGUAUUUGGCGCAGGCGCCUCAGGGCAGCAGCAGCAAGAGCGGCAGCAGCACCUGAUUGAUCUGGCGCAACAGCGAGAAGCGCACGGCCACCGCCGCCGCGCACGUCGGGUCGCCGUCAGGUCGGCGGCUGGGGCCGCUGAAGUCCCGGGCGGGGCCGCCGUUGGAUCCGGCUGUGCAAUCGACGCGGCUCUGCCCGCCAGCUUCAGCCCGGUUGCUCCCGAGACUAUCGGUGAUGGUAGUGAUGGGGAUCGGCAUCUGGAGCUCCUGUGGUCCGUGGCGGCUCUGGCAGAUCAGCUGCUGCUGCCGGAGCUUAGCCGCGCAGCGGGCCGGGCGCUGUUGCGGUGGGCUGACAGCGGCGGGGCGCUCGUGUCAUCAGCGGCGGCACGAUCAGCGGCCACUGCCGCUGCCGGCAUGGCGUGUGCCAGCGCCGCAGCUGCUACCGACGGCCGUGGCGCCGGCGGCGGAAGGGGGUGCCGAGAAGCUGUGGCGGGCGAGUCAGGCCCGGCUGCGGCAACAGCUGCUGUAGAGACCAGCGGCGGCAGCUGCCUGGGGCCUGCAGCGGAUGCGUUGUUGCAGCGCGCGGAGGCGCAAGGCUUUGUGGAGCUGGCGGAGGAGCUGUGGCGGCGGCGGAGACGUGCGGCGCCGCCGCCACCACCGGUACAGCCGCACCAGACACGGGCGCAGACUUCAGCGCGGGGACAGCAGCCCUUGCCUGGGCAGCAGGCGCGCAGGUGGCAGCGACGAGACGCGUGGGCGCCAGGAGGCGACGGGGCGGAAGCAGGCGUGGGCACGAUGUCCGGCAAUGUGCACAGUCUAGUAGCUUCUGGGGCGGACCUCCUACGGUUGUGGUCAGGUGCUGACGUGGAGGGUGGCGGCAGCUGGCUAGGAAGCCAGGCGCUGCAGGCGGCGGGGCUGGAGGGGCUGAUUGCCGUUAUGAGCGGAGGCGUGGGCGGGGAGGCAGCCGCAGCCGCGUCCUUACGGGGUGACUGGCAGUUAGGUUUGGCGGACGGCGCGGCUGGGCAGCGGUGUGGCGCGGCUGAGGGGCCGGCGGGUGCGGGCAGCGAGCAGGAGCAGAGGUCGGCGGGCAGUGGUGGGAGUUGCGAUGACGCCUUGGGUGGGUUGGAGGAGCUGGCUCGGGUGUCGGGUGCGGAGCUGGACAGCAGGCGCGUGGGGGCCGAGGAGGCGGCUCGGGUGUCGGUGGAGGCGGCAGGGGCAGCGCCGCUGCCGUCACCGGGGUGUGUGAAGCGUAAGCCGGGAGAGGAAGCCCGAGCGGCAUCGCCGUCCACGAAACGGCAGCGGGGGAUGUAGACAGGAGCUGUAGGCGGAAGCUGUGUGGUCGAUGGCGUGUGAGUGUGUGACUGCGAGCGGCGGAGGGGUCCGAGGCCGUUGACUUACAGUGUCAACUCACACAGGGUGAGACCUGCCGGUGUCUGGUUUGCGGUCUUUGUUGGCGAGCAUAUCAUGGCACGGUGUGUGUGGGAUUCAUUGCUGCUUUGGUUUGUUACCUGCGCCCUGCAGUGCUUGUGCUUGACAGCGGGACGUGGCUGGACACAUGGCGGGCGGUGCCUGUGUGAGCUGAACGUAAUGCUUUUAUGAGUCGUAUUGAUGUCACAAUCUAUCACUC